AUGCUCACAUCUGCAACCUCCAGGACAUUGGCAGCUUCAACUAUUUGUCUCGUCACUGGAUAUUCCAUCUAUCGCCAUCAAAAAAACUCAUUUGCUCAUGAGACUGCUGCGAAAUCCCCCGGCAAAAUGACUGUCAACCACACUUUCCAGACCCUGUUUGCCGUGCCGUUGUCCUGCGACGGCUGUGUCAAGUCGGUUUCGGACGCGCUAUACGGCUUGGGAGGCAUCACAAAGGUUGAGGGCAAUCUCAAGGAUCAAUUGAUUGCGGUUGAGGGUUCUGCGGCUCCAUCCAAGAUUGUCGAGGCGAUUCAAGAGACCGGAAGAGAUGCCAUCCUGCGAGGCUCAGGAUCCUCAAACAGUGCUGCCGUGAGCAUCCUUGAAAGCUUUGCCGAAUCGGCGCAGCAGCAUGACAACGACCCCAGUCGCGAGGUUCGUGGCCUCGCGCGCAUGGUCGAGGUCGGCUCGGGCAGAACCUUAGUCGACCUAACCGUUCGCGGCGUCUCCCCGGGCACAUACCGCGCCACUAUCCGCCAGUAUGGCAACCUCCAACACGGCGCUGAGUCGACCGGCCCCGUCUGGACGCAGCAGCAAGACGAGAGCCAGCCGAAAGGCUUCAUCGGCGUCGUCGAGGUAGGAAAGGACGGGCGCGGCUCCGUCUUUGCGGACCGCGAGUUCUACAUUUGGGAGGUCAUUGGCCACGCCAUGGUUCUCACGAAGCAGAAGGAAGACGACCGCGACGACGGACGGCAGCCGCUCAAGAACGAUGCGGAUACCGUGGUGGGUGUCAUUGCGAGGAGUUCGGGCAUGUGGGACAAUGACAAGACGGUGUGCUCGUGCACGGGAAAGACGCUGUGGGAGGAGCGCAAAGACGAAGUGGCCAAAGGCAUGCUGUAG